GCUGUGGCGUUGAAGGUGGAAUCGACUGAGCUUGAGAAGCAAGAGUUUGAGCUGUUCAAGAAUCGUGUCCGCCACGAUGUCAGCGUGGCCAGCGCCUACAUCGGCAAAACUCGCGAUCGCGAGACGGCCAUGUACUACAAGACAGUGCAGCACCGUGUCUGGCGAGCCCAGGAGGCCGAGUCUGCGGCGCAGUCGUUGUUUGACCCCUCUCACGUGAAUUGCAAGAUCACCCUUGUCACGUCGGCAGACCAAAAAGCUGUGACAAAGGCGGUUGGGCGAGUGAAAGAGCAAUUAGCCAAGAACGCCCUGACGUCGAACACCUCUAUCAACACGUUUGUGCACAUCAAUUGGACGGCGAUGUCGCUAUUCAAUGCGAAGACGACCAAGGCACAGCACUUUUUGUUGGGUGAGUUCGUUCGCUCCGACGGCCCGGCAAUCGGGAUGGUGCUUCUCCCAACAUUCACCUACAAGAAGGGCUUCCUUUACAAGGCGGAAGCAGAAGCGCAAUCAAGCAUCGGCCAGCACGGCCUCUUCAUUGACAGAUCUAUAUGCUUGCACUUUACUGAGAAACCAGAGGAGCGUUCAGAACGGCCACUCAUGAUCAAGGGGACCUUGGUAUUUGCUGACGACGACUCCAACCGCAUCAAAGCGUGGAAAGGCAUUCCAGCAUUCAAGGAUCCAGUCAUUGCAUGCGGCGCGCAGCUCCGCACCAAGGAUAUGGUCACUGUGGAAGAUACCGCGAUGGAGGCGUUGCCUGCGACAAUCGAGACGGACACGCACGCCAGCCAAGGAGAGAAACAUCACCAGCUUGGCGUGCCAGCUUACCACCGCGUGCUCAACGCAAUGCUUUCAGGUCUCCCAGGUGAUCAACGGGGGGCGACGAUGGUGAUCGACUUGUCCUUGCACACUGCUGACAUGCUGAAGGCGUUCAUCACGUUCAGCGAGACUUUCGGGCAGCAAGUGGCAUACGUCGGCAUGUGCGCAGACGAGAUCUCCGUCGACUUCUGCAAGGCUGAGGGUACUCAUUACACCAAGCAACGCAUCUUAGCAGGCGACAUGAAGGUACCCCACUUCAAUGUUCCGCCAGCUGAGGUGCCGUCUGAUAGCCAGUCGCCAGAGGUUGCCAAGCCGCAGCUCGUUGCCAUGCGCUGGACCGGCGACCGCCCGACGAUUGCCGAAGUCGACUUGCAGAAAUGGAGCGGAUACGAGGUCUUUGCAGAGCAGUUUUCAGACAUGGUGGCGACGCUUGAGUUUGAAACUGGGUUCGACCUCGUAAAGGGCAAGGACAAGGACAAGGGGGAGACAGACAAGGGUGACAAGGCAGCUUCGCCUGGCAAGACAGGUGCCGACCCAGCGGAGCGCCCAGCAAAGGUCGCUCGGACGACAGAGCCUGAUACGUUCAUCGACGAAUCGACCAUCGCUACUCAGAUCACCCACGACGUCCCGCUCACUUCCAUCAAUGGGAAGACGGGGAAGCUCUAUCUACGCGUGUGCGUGAACAACGAGAUGUACAUCGUCAACAAGGGCACAGAGGCAGCAAAGGUGUCGCAAGGCGCCAUGCUGGCUGGUUUCUCAAAAGGGAAGUGGACGAAUGACAUGCUUGAGGACAAGCCCGAGAAGUACAUCAAGUUCGAGUUGGCCGAUUGCGACAGUCUUGUCGUCUUCAACGCUCGGAUGUGUCGCGUCGGGGCGCUUGUGAAUGAGAAGCGUUUGACAGAAAGUGCAGAUGAGACGAGAGUGUGCUACCACAGCCUCGUGGAGAGCCCGACGGACGACGACCACACAGCCUUCAAGCUCAACGUCUCGCAGACAAUAUACUAUCGCUUGGCCGACGUGGCCGUCAAGGAGGAGGACAACGCUAAAGCUCCUUCUCAGAACAACGUGGGCGGGACCAUGCCGGCAACAGCGUGGGACACCAAGAACACAGGCAUAUGUUGGGUCAUGCAGUGGCGCAAGAGGAAGGGCUUGCAACCCGCUCGCCCGCAGGUGUGCUGGAAGGCAAGCGACAUCGACAUCUUGCCUGGCAAGGCGUUGAAGCUCAUCCAGUGA